AGAAUCACACUCUGAUUAUCCUCUCAAGCUCGAGAGGUCCGAAAACGACCGAGGAGCAGGAACGUCCACUUGGUUAAGCUCCGAAACGGCGUCGUAAUACUCUUAUACUCGAAAUUCCGAUAUGGAGUGAUUAGCUUCCGUUGAGCUUGUGCGGUGAUAUUUCAACUGCGGUUGGUUCUGUGUUGUGAGGUUGUAUUGAAAUGGCUAUCGGCAGUGUGAUAUCGAACCGGAAUUUCGGUUCUUUUGUUGGCGCAGGAAGAGUGUGCCAAACCAACCAUGUUGUUGUUCAUAAUAAAGGAGACCGUGUACAGCUUCAGAGGAAAACAGUGUACCAAAGUGUAUGUACUCCAAGGAGCAAUGGUUUUAUAUCUAUAAACUCAUAUAACCCGUGUCUCGGUGCCAACUUUUCUUCAGACGCAAACACACGGCUGUUGUGUGAUGAAGGAAACCAGCUUAAUUUUAUGUCUCUACAGUCUGGUAUAUGGUGCCAGAGCAUUACCAAACAAGGGACUGUAGGAAGAUGCAAAUGCUAUCUCUCUUCAAAUCACUCUUUCAGAAGUUUCAUUCAAUCAAGGAAGCUGAAUACGCUUCAUAACUGGCAAAACCAGAAGGCUGAGAAUGUUAAAGUUAACAGGAUUCGUGCUGAUUACAAGCCGGAGGAUAUUGACAUAAGUGAAACGGAGGUGGAUUCAUUGUCAGGGUCAGGUGAAGCUGUUUUGGCAAAUGGAAAGGUGUCUAGAGUAUUUGCCUGGUGGGAGAUUCCUAAACGUUGGGUGAUUGUGCUCCUUUGUUUCACAGCAUUUCUACUGUGUAACAUGGAUCGUGUGAAUAUGAGCAUUGCAAUACUUCCCAUGUCCAAGGAGUUUAACUGGAAUAGCGCAACUGUUGGAUUGAUUCAGUCCUCUUUUUUCUGGGGCUACCUACUUACUCAGAUUCUUGGAGGCAUAUGGGCAGAUAAAAUUGGUGGGAAGCGUGUCUUGGGAUUUGGAGUGAUCUGGUGGUCGGUGGCUACAGUUUUGACACCUAUAGCUGCAAGAAUCAGUCUUCCUUUCUUGCUUGUUAUGCGUGCUUUUAUGGGGAUUGGUGAGGGUGUUGCUAUGCCUGCUAUGAACAAUAUGCUCUCCAAGUGGAUUCCAGUGUCAGAGAGAAGCAGAGCACUUUCACUAGUAUAUAGUGGCAUGUAUCUUGGUUCUGUCACUGGGUUGGCUGUUUCUCCCAUUCUGAUCCAGAAAUUUAAAUGGCCCUCUGUGUUUUACUCAUUUGGCUCUCUGGGUAGCAUCUGGUUUGCAUUAUGGCUGAGCAAAGCAUAUAGCACACCGAAAGAAGAUCCAGAGCUCAGUGCAGAGGAAAAGGAGCUUAUCCUAGGUGGUAAUGUAUCUAAGGAACCUGUUACUGUUAUUCCUUGGAAGCUAAUUUUAUCGAAGUCAGCUGUUUGGGCCCUUAUAAUCUCCCACUUUUGUCACAAUUGGGGAACCUUUAUUUUGUUAACAUGGAUGCCUACUUACUACAAUCAGGUUUUGAAGUUCAACCUCACUGAAUCUGGGCUUCUCUGUGUCUUACCAUGGUUGACCAUGGCUAUAUUUGCAAAUAUAGGGGGUUGGAUUGCAGAUACCCUUGUCACUAAAGGUUAUUCUGUCACGAAUGUUCGUAAGAUCAUGCAAUCAAUUGGGUUUCUUGGACCAGCCUUUUUUCUUACACAGCUGAGCCGUGUCAAGACACCUGCUAUGGCAGUACUGUGCAUGGCAUGUAGUCAGGGAGCUGAUGCAUUCUCACAAUCUGGCCUCUAUUCAAAUCACCAAGACAUUGGACCUCGCUAUAGUGGAGUAUUGCUGGGGCUGUCUAACACUGCAGGAGUUCUUGCUGGUGUCUUUGGUACAGCAGCAACUGGGUACAUACUCCAGCGAGGUUCUUGGGAUGAUGUAUUUAAGGUGGCUGUUGUAUUGUAUCUCAUAGGAACAGUAAUCUGGAAUUUAUUUUCAACCGGAGAGAAAGUUCUCGACUAAAAAUCCUGUGGAGAAAUGCAAGAAUCAAAAGGAAUGGACGAGCCUGCAGUCUACAUAAUUGUAGAGAUGAAACUAUACAGAGAGAUGGAAGAAAUGUAAACACACCAAAGGGCGGAUCCUGUCUAGUGAGCUAGAGUUUUUCGGUACCAUCUGCAUCAAUCUUUUUGUAACAAACUUCUGAUGCCCUUUCUGGCUGGUGACCCCCCUUUUUAGGUUAAUGCCGUCUUUCAUUCUAGUUCAUGCUUCUAAUGUCGACAACUUAUGGGUAAUUUGCACCACUUUUGCUUUACCAUACAAUGCUAAUAGUACAUGCUUUCUUUAGCUC